GCACCGCCCCUCGCCCCCGGCGGGGCAGCGCGGGCAGCGGCACCGGCGGCGGCGCGGGCGGUACCGGCAUGUCCUGAGCGGCGGCGGCGGCCGAUCCGGGCCGGAGCCAGCACGGAGGGCUCGGUGGAGCAGCGGGCCAAGGGCCGGGCCCCGAUGAAGGAGAAGGAGGCGGGCGCGGAGCGGGGCAAGCCCGCCACUUACACCGGGGACAAGAAGGCGCGCAUGGCGGCCAAGACCAACAAGAAGUGGGUGCGCCUGGCCACCGUGCUGGCCUACGUGCUGUCCGUCUCGCUGGCCGCCAUCGUGCUCGCCGUCUACUACAGCCUCAUCUGGCAGCCGGUGCGCGGCACCGGCGGCUCCUCCGGCCCCGGCCCCGCCGCCGCCACCCCCGCGCAGCUCCGCGCCGGACCCACGGCGGGGCCUCCGCCCGCGCCGCCGCGCCCCGGGCCCGGCCCCCGCCCCGCCGCCACCGGCACCGCCACCGGCCCGCCCGCCGCCGCCACCCCGCCCGGCCCCGCAGCCCCCGAUGGGAGCAGCCCCUGAUGGGGGCUGAGGCCGCUCCGCCGGCGAUGGAGAGCGAGGGCCCGGCCCAGCACGGAGAGCGAGGGCUCGGCCGCCCCCGCGGCACCGCGGAGCGCCGGGACACGGAGCGGACACUGAGCGGACACUGACCUGGCACUGGCUCGGCCCCGCCGGAGUCGGCGGAACUGCGGUAUCUUCUUUUCCCCCCUCCGUUUGUCCUCGAAAGGGAAUUUUGUGGCUUCGUUUCCUUCCUCACCAGGGCUAGCUUCUCCCGUUGAACCCGCAUCGAAUUCCUGCGCUGUUUAUGCCAGUCUGUUACCUAUACAAGGAUACCGGUGUCCAAAAUUCCUCACUAUUUACAGGAUCAGCUGGGAACAAUACGAAUUUAGAGGCUGUAAUCCGUUGUUUAAGUAAAACCAGUUUUGUUUAACGAUGAGCAUAAACUUAUUUAAAAUAUGUGGAAGGUAAAUUGACUUGUUUACUAUAUUAAAAUAUUUUCCCAAUAUGAAA